AUGGACACUAGUGCUUGUAUUAUCAAUGAGUUAAUACAAGGGAAGGAGUUUGCCAUGCACCUAAAGUCCAUUUUGAGCUCAGAAUCUUCCUCUGAAACAAAACAUGUUUUGAUACACCAAAUCAUAUCAUCAUAUGAUAGAGCUUUGUUGAUGGUCAACCAGGGCGAAAUGCCCGAGUCAUCGGUUUCCCUUGAUGAGAGCCCACAUAGCCGGGAUUUCAAUCAACCAUUUGAUAAUCAACAAGAGGAUAACGAUGUAUCUAAGAAGAGGAAGGCAAUGCCAACAUGGCGAAACCAAAUUAGAAUCUCGACAGAGAAUGGAUUGGAGGGAAACACUGAUGACGGUUAUAGUUGGAGGAAGUACGGACAAAAAGACAUUUUGGGCUCUAAAUUUCCAAGAAGCUAUUAUAGAUGCACAUACCGUUACAUCCAUCACUGCAUGGCAAGAAAACAAGUGCAGCGAACAAACGAGGACCCAACGGUGUUUGAGAUCACUUACAAAGGGCAACACUCUUGCAACCCCACCACUACACCACCGGUUGCACCGCCACACUCACCUGAAAAACAUGAUCCGACCGAACAAAACAACCACCAACUACCAUUAGCAAGAGUUGGCACCUCAGAAUCAGAUAUAACGGUUCCAACAUUUUCAUUCCCUUCAGCGUCAUUCGGAUCCAUCGAAAACUACCAACAAUCUCAUCUUUUAACCGAUCACAACGAUUUGCAACCAUAUUCAUCUUCUUUUAUCUCACCAGCCACAUCCGGGUCAAACUACUUGACAGAAUGUGGUAGCUAUUUCCAACAUCAUGAUCAUGACUCAAAUAUGUCAGGAAGAAUUACUGCUACUUCAACUACUGAUUCUCCAUUUGUUGACCCACAGGAUCUUAGCCAAAGUUUCCCAUUUAACAACUCAGGAUAUUUUAUGUGAUCCAUUUGAAUGAAUAUUCCACUCACAAGAAAAGUGAUGACCAUGAAAAAGAAUUAUUAAAUAGAAAUAAGUUUGUUUGUACCAAUAAAAGCAUCAAGAACCAUGCUUGUACCAAUAGAAGUGUAUGAUUUAGGAUAAAAAAAGAACUUCUAGAAAUUAUUUAUAUAAAAUGUCAAUUUUUUUUUAAUGUUUAGAGGGUAAUUCAAUAGGUCUAGGAUAUUGAAAAUGAACUUGAUGAAAGGAAAUUAUAUUAAAGUU